AUGGGUGACUAUCAGCCAGUAGCGCAGGAUGCCCUCAACGCCGCCCAGCUCGAACUCGGCGGAGCCACGAAUAAUGCAAUGCUGCGGCGUGCCUUCGACCCCACAGCUCACGACCUGGAGCCAACAUUCCGGUUAACGCGGUUCGCCGAUCUCAAGGGUCGCGGCUGCAAGGUGCCGCAGGAGGUGCUCAACAAGCUGGUCUCGUCGCUGCAGCAGGACUACCCGACACAGGACCAGGACGAGGGCGACCAGUUCGUCCACGCAGCGAUACCCCGGAUCGGAAUCGGUCUAGACUGUUCCGUGACUCCACUCCGGCACCGCGGCCUCUGCCUGGUGCAGACCACAGACUUCUUCUACCCCAUCGUGGACGACCCCUACAUCAUGGGCAAGAUUGCCUGCGCCAACGUGCUGAGCGACUUGUACGCGAUGGGGGUCGUGGACUGCGACAAUAUGUUGAUGCUGCUCGCGGUCAGCACAAAGAUGACUGAAAAGGAGCGCGACGUGGUUAUUCCUUUGAUCAUGAGAGGCUUCAAGGACUCAGCCUUGGAAGCGGGCACUUCUGUGACCGGAGGGCAGAGCGUCGUGAACCCAUGGUGCACUAUCGGUGGGGUGGCGUCCACUAUUUGCCAGCCAAACGAAUAUAUCGUCCCGGACAACGCGGUUGUAGGCGACGUCUUAGUAUUAACAAAACCCUUAGGCACUCAGGUCGCCGUCAACGCCUACCAGUGGCUCGAUCAACCUGAACGCUGGAAUCGUAUCAAAUUGGUCGUCUCCGAGGAGGACGUACGCAAAGCCUACCACCGCGCCAUGGACUCUAUGGCUCGCCUUAACCGAACUGCAGCUCGUCUUAUGCACAAGUACAACGCUCACGGCGCGACAGACGUCACGGGCUUCGGCCUGCUGGGCCACGCUCAGGUCCUAGCCUCGCACCAGAAGAAGGAAGUCUCCUUCGUUAUCCACAAUCUUCCCGUCAUAGCCAAGAUGGCCGCAGUGGCCAAGGCUUGCGGCAACAUGUUCCAACUGCUCCAAGGACAUUCCGCCGAGACGUCGGGCGGUCUGCUCAUCUGUUUGCCACGCGAACAAGCCGCCGCCUACUGCAAGGACAUCGAGCGACAGGAGGGCUACCAGGCCUGGAUCAUUGGCAUCGUGGAAAAGGGCAACCGGACGGCUCGGAUCAUCGACAAGCCUCGUGUCAUCGAGGUACCAGCGAGAGACUAGACACAAGAAUCCACACAAACUGUAAUUGUAAUUUUCCAUUUUUUACGAACCCUUACUAUAUUGUUAUAGUUUUAAUUCGAAUUCUGAGAAAUUCAACGGCUAACCGACACGAGUUGUUUCUGUCAAUGAGUAUCGGCCUGGGCACACCUGUUGGGUGUGCUGGGCCGUUCGCUUGUUCAUUUUAAGUAUUGUCCGCGUUCCGUUUUACCGAAUCUGGGGCGAUGUGAUAGCCCCGGGCCGUGUUUCCGAACGCCGCGCAAUAAUUAUGACUUCUUGCUAUUUUCUGUACUCAAUACCGGGAUGAGAGCGGGCACAGUAAUUGAGAGGAGUCUGUCUGUUCAUAAAUGAAAUAAGGAAGUAAUUCUACGGAGUUUAAGGUACGAUUGUAUUAAAAAUAAAGCUAACAUUAACAGAAAUUGCAAUAUUUUAA